GUAGUGGUAGAGCCAUGUACAUACCUAAGUUGGUAGAAAAUUCAGUUUAAAAAUUCAAUUAUAAUUUGCGGCUUUAUUUUUUAAUCGGCUUAUCAUACCUAGAUUCCAAUUUCGCGGUUGAUAAGUGUCGCCAGACCAGUUGGUGUCAAAUAUUUAAGGCAACUAAACCAUACAUACACCAGUUGCACAACUACCAAAUAGAUAAAUAUGACUCUAAUUUGGUAAAACUUUGUAAUCCUUGCCUUAUAAUUUUCAGGAUUUUGUAAAAAUUUUAUUAUUAGUAUCUACAUAUCUACCUGUUGGUCAUCGCCGGGUAACAGAUCACUACCACACGUUGCAAUGUCUGCCGGAGUAUAUUUUCAUCAUGGUCGUCCCUCCGGUAAAGGGGGAAGUUCCCCCUUAAUGUUGGGUGGGUAUCGACAGUGGCGAAGUUGGACGUCGGUAGAUUCCUGGCAUGAAAAUGACCACUUAUCCGGCUCGACGGAACCCUCGGUGCGGAUAACGCUGGAUAAGACGUCCACGACCCCGGUGCAUAACCAAAUCUCGGGAGUGAUCGAGCUCAAAAGGAACGAGACUUAUUGCGGCGUGAUCGUUGAGCUUUUGGGAUUUUAUACGCAUGCGGAAACCUCUUACCCGAUAUUGCCAAACGACAGGUGCAACAUAUAUCAACGGGUGGCCGGAACCGGGGUGAAAGGGGAAACUAUGACGUCUCGAGCCUUGACUAAAUUUCCCUUUCAGCUUAACCUCCCACCAAAUUGUGUGCUGCCAGCUACCCUAAAAACUAAAAUGGGUCGACAAGUUCAAUACUAUCUUCGCGUAUCGGAGGAACGUGGAACGGCUGAAAAUUCCCAGAUGGGAAGAAAGAUAAUCCUCUACGGGGGUCGGUUACCCCUGAGGACCAAUCCUUGUGCCAUCUCCCCACUAAAAAAGGAGCUAUCACUCGACGGUGUUACCGUCGUGUUGGAAAUUGCCAAGCAGGAAUUUCUCCUCGGACAAAGUAUCCCCUUCACCAUAACGUCUCAAGGGGAAAGUAGUGUCGUGAAACGAGUCAAAAUAUCCCUCACGAGAACAAUCUCCCACUCACAAAAAGUACUAAGAUGCGUCGAACAAGAGAGUGAAGUACAAAUCUCGUCCGAAUCCGAAGUCAUGGAUUGUCUCGUUUUUCGAAGAUUUCUGAAAAGAGAAUCCUUCACGAGAAGUGGAAAGUUGUCGCAGGGCAAAGAUCCAAUUCCCACGUUUGCAUCGGAUGACGAGCCCCAUUUAAGGAUUCGUUACGUGGUCGAGAUCAAGCUGACCACCAGGGGACAUAAUGUUGACGUGAAGCAAAUGGAAGUCAUUAUUGGGACGGAGGUGGUUUCCAGUGAUCGUAAAGAAAUAGAGGGGGCAUCGUCAUCUAUGGUUGUACCGUGAAACGGGUUAAAUUGUUUUAAAAUAUCUCGUAAUUAGUUGGACAAGUAGUGUUGGUGUAGUCAAAUUUAUUUUUAUAAGAUUUAUCACUAUCUUCAACAUCUUCGUAAGUAUUUCACACUGAAAUAUAUAAUAUUUGAAUGCAAAAAAUCUUCGUCUUUGAGAAAUACAUACAUUGUAGAAAUAUGUAUAUAUACCAACGUAGAAUUUCCUAGGAAAAAUUUGUUCUCUCACUUAUUUAUUUUCAGGACUUGUAUACGAUUUCAAAAAUUAUUUAUUUAUAUAC